AUGCAGCGAGUCCAUGAAAUGCUACGCGAAGGGGGUUGGGAUGAGAAGGCUCUGGUUUUCCCACCCUCUGCUGCGAGGGACGUCAUGCGCAUAUUUGCAGCUCACAAGGUAGACAUCUUGCAGACCAGCGGCAGCGUGGCACUGCAGAAGGCGUGGCAUGCGUAUGUUGGCGGCGCUGCUGGCGCAGUGGCUGGCGGCCUAGUUUGGCAGUGCAGGCCAUUGAUCAUCCGUGGCCUUACCCACGGCCUUCGCAGUAUCAUGAGCGCCGAAGCGAGUGGAAUUUGGGCCACACGUCUUGGGAGUGUUGCCUGUGGCAAUGUGGCUGGUGCAGCUGGCGUGGCUGUCGGAUGUGCCGUCUCGGCAGCGUUGCCUUCCAUGUUCAAGCAGCGCUACCAGGUUGUGAUGCAGCGUAGAGAAGACAAGCACGAGAUCAUCAUGCUGGACUCCGGGGUUCCUUCUCGUGAGCUCCUGCUAGGAUGUGAAGCUGAGGAAAUGCUGGCGAGCAUCACGGGUCAGGCAGAGUUCAAACAGAUGAUUCGCGACGGUGCCUUGCUCGAGCACCAGAACAGGUUGCGGUCUCAAGCAGGGAAUGGUAGGCAGAGGCAUCGGCCUGGGCAUGUUCUGUUGAAGGGCAAACCUGGAACAGGGAAAACCACCGCCGCACGCAUCUACGCAAGCAUCUUGUAUCACCUGGGCCUCAUCCCAAACAACCGUCUCGUAGAAGUGCAACGUGGCGAUUUGGUUGGACAAUAUAUUGGGUUGACGGAGCACAAGACGAAAUGCAAAAUUCGUGAAGCGAUGGGUGGGGUCUUGUUUGUGGACGAGGCCUAUCAACUUGCAACUUCUUCCGACGUAGACUUUGGGAAAAACGCUUUGGAAGAAAUCAUGAGCGUCAUGGAGAGAGGCGAUCCUGUGAUUGUUUUCGCAGGCUACCCAGAUAGGAUGGAGACAUUCCUGGAGGCGAAUGAUGGUCUUAAGAGGCGGAUACAGCACACCUUCACCUUCCAAGAUUUUUCCACCCAAGAGUUGGCGCAGAUUUUUCUGCGCAAGGCGAAGCAGGGAGCUUGGAGGCUCAAUGAAGUCACUGAAGAGGACAGAACAAGUUGCGCUCGCAGCAGCAAGGAGCAAGCUCGAAGGCUCGACCAGUUACGCGCCCGCGCUGCUGUGAUUUCUCCGCAGAUGGAGCAAACCCUUGAGCUGGGCUUGAAGCCACCAAUCAGAGAAUUUCUGAAUUUGGAGCCAAGCCAAACAAUUUUUCUGAUCCUGGCCUACCAGGCGUCUGGCAGUGAAUUUCCUGAAAGUUUCGGCCAUUUGUUGAUUCCGCUGGUUGGCCUUACAAGGGUGACCGCUGCCUCCCCCUCUGAUCACUCCGAAACAAGCCAGACGGGUAUAGGUCAAAAUUGGACUGCCGAUGAAUCCACCUAA